AUGGCCGGAUUCCUUCCAGCACGUUCAAUAAACGAUAAACUGCGCAAGAUAACCGUAGGCAUAUGGUUACAGCAGCAGCAGCGACAGGAGGCGCGAAAGCCGCUAGUGGUUUGUCGUUUAAGUAGCAAGAUCUCGGACGUACUUCGCUUAUGCGAUGAACAUGAUAUCGUGUCACUUCCUGUGUUUCACGAAGAACUUAACAAGUUUGUCGCCAUAGUUAAUCUAUUUCAUGUGAUGAAAUAUCUGAUGCUAAAGCAAGUUUAUGCCGAUUUGAGCAGUCAAGAUAAUCCAGAAUAUGAUAAAAAAGCGAGAAGCAAUGUUAUCAAUACAUUCAAAGAUACCGUUAGUGAUAUUAUCGAUUCAUGGGGAGCAUAUGCAUUCACUGUGCAUCUUACCAAUGAUCCAUUGCUGGGAGCAAUACAAGAGCUUAUAUUGAAACCCAACACGUAUGCGAUUCUAGCAGACGCGUCUCACCCCGGAGAGAAGGCUGGGAGCGAUGUGCAGCGGGCUUCUAUCCUUACACAACAUGAUGUUAUCACUUACCUUCUUAAUCAUCCCGAAUUGAAUGAAAACAUACAGGAUGUACCUGCCAAGAACGUAAUGCAGAAGUCAUGGAAGACAUUCACGAAAAAGGAUGAUCCCAACCAGCCACUGUAUAGACCAGUUUCACAUGCCCGAACAUCGUUUGUGCUCAGUAUUUCUCAUCUUGUGAGUGCUAUCACAGGCUUCAAGUGCAUGGCUAUACACGGUGUCAGCUCCAUGGCUGUUGUUGAGAAACAGGAAGACAAUAUCAAAUUAUUGGACAAUCUAUCUGCAUCAGAUAUUCGACAUUUAAAUGAAGAUACUGUGGUUGAUGCCCUUCUUCCCGUACUGGAUUAUCUUAAAAAGGUGCGUAAAACCGAGCGCAGACCCGUCGUUUGCUAUGAAGAGACCCCAUUAGCGGAAGUGAUGGAGUUAGCGGUGAAGAAUUCUGUGCAUAGAGUGUGGGUGAUCGAAGAAGCGAGCGAAAGGCCCGUUGGGGAGAUAUCAAUGACGGAUAUGUUGGCUAUGUAUGCUGGUGUCAAUAGGGAAUAG